UUUAGGCAUAACCCAUUUCCAUUUUUGAACGGAAAGUAGGGAAAGAACCAGUAUGCGUGUGUGGUAUGUGACAUUGCUGUUAGCAUGUGUUUUGCUGAUUCUCCCUGGUCAUGAAUGCAGGGACUCUGUUCUUUCGGCAUCAGACCAGUCACUGAUAGAUAUGAUGAAAAAUUACCUUCUCACGUCAAGGAAAGAUGAAUGUCCGCAGCAACGCGAAACGACCCACACAGGAGUGUCUUAUGUUCGAUGGGGGAAGAAAGCUUGUCCAGAAGGAGUUGCCCUUGUGUAUACCGGGCAAGUCGGUGGAAAUAAAUAUACACAUAGCGGAGGUGGUGUGAAUUAUUUAUGCCUACCAAAUGAUCCAGAGAAUGGGGAACAUCAACCUUAUGGCAAUCCCCAGGUAUAUGGAGGUGAAUAUGAAGUUCGUUCAGGCAAGAAGCCGGCGGGAUGGUCUGCAAGUAUGUACAACAAGGAAAUACCAUGUGCUGUUUGUUACCAAAAAAGAAGAUCAACUGUCCUGAUGAUACCAGGUCGAAAGUCAUGCUAUAAGGGAUGGGACUCAGAAUAUAACGGUUAUCUGAUGAGUGAUCACUAUACUCAUUAUAAAAAAGACUUUGUAUGUGUAGACAGAAAAGCAGAAACAUUAGACAAUAGUAAUGCAAGUGAAAAUGGAGCUUUGUUUUUUCCUCUACGAACCAGCUGUGGCAGUUUAAGAUGUCCUCCGUAUACAAAUUCAGCAGAUGUUUUUUGUGUCGUUUGUACAAAGUAAAAUGUAUGGAAUUAAAUAUUCAAAACUAA